AUGCCUGGGAUUCCGCCUCACCUAGCCGCUGCUGGAUGCCUGGAAUCUUGCCCUAUACCUCUGGCGCCCUUCAGUUCAGCCACAGGUCUCUACGUCCUUCUGCUCCGUGUCCGCACUCUCUGGGCCCUAAAUAUAACGGCGUGGAAAAGGAUUCGGCUUGCAGCUGUCUUCGGUCUGGGAAUACUUGCCUUCGCCGCAAGCAUAGUCCGUCUCGGCAUGACGCACGUCCUCACAAGCAGCCCAGGCGCAACCUGGAACAUAUCCUCAAUUUCUAAAUGGGCAGUUAUCUGCGCUUGUCUGCCCGUUUUACCUGCCUUGCUUGAUAGAUACAGAGAGAAGAACUUUGGCUCCUCGCUUAACAGACUCUGGUCAGGCGGAAGUCGUCGGAGUUACUCCAGCGCCGCGACAGAAUCAGAGGUCAGAUUUUACUGCGCAUACCCCGACAUUAUCUCAAAAAGUAAGGGUCCAAUUUCUUCCACCUCCGACAACCAGCCCCCAGCCAUCUCUUUGGAGCGCCUAUCACCCCAGACAGAAGUGAAUCUUCAUCUCACCAAAAAGAAUAGCUCGCCAGAAGCGGAGCCAUGUCGUGGAGAUGGCGAUAGUGGUGAUUACCGUGCGGGCCGCUCGGCUACAUCAACCUCCUCGACGUCGCAAGUCAUAACUCCACAGCGGAAGACUAUGAUGCAGGCCCGUUUUACAAGGGGUACUGGCAAAUCCAAAUCUGGCUGUGAGAAUUUGCCGACUGCACGGUCAGAGAGUCACCGCAAUCGGAACGAGUUUCGCUCAGUUCAAUACUCCCUAAGCCUAGCCUGGGGCAUGGACCUGGAUUCGGCUUGA